AUGGCUGCUAGAUCAGAGCUGAAGGUCCAAGAACUGGUCCAUUUGUCAGUAAAAAUGGAGAGAAGCAUAGCUGAUCCACCAGCCGUUGACAAUGGGGCAGCUGAUCAUUCAAAAGAAGAAGGUGGAUCAACAGAGGAAACGGCUGCUGAAGCUCCUGAUCAAGUUGUAGUUAGAAAGAUGUCUAAGCAUCAUUCAACUGAUAAGUCUGUUGCUGGUGGUGGUGUCAUUAUCGGUGGACUUGUGGCUGCUGUUUUUGCUGCUGUUUAUUGCUACAUUCGGGUCACCAGAAAGGAAUCAUCUUCGGAUGCCAACGAACAGAGAGUAGGUGUGAAUAUUAGAGACCAGAAGAAUGAUACGCUGAGAUUUUAUAGUGCUAUUUUGAAUUCAGAAUUCGGUGGUUUGCUCUCAUCAGAGGAGAGGUCAUCCAUUAAGUGGAGGAGGAUCCGCGAGACCUUUCAUGAAAAGUUAACGAAUAUAGGAGACAAUUUUUCGAAGGGUAAUCCGCAUGUGAUUGCCUCUCUGCAGCUAAGCUAUGAUGAGCUCCCUGCUUUCUUGAAGCCAUGCAUAUUGUGCUUCUCGAUUUAUCCUGAGGAUUAUGAAGUGGAUGCUGACCAACUGAUUCGCUUGUGGGUAGGAGAAGGAUUUGUUAGUGGCAAUAACACAGAAACUGCGACAGAAUCAGCUCUCAAGUGUUUGUCAGAGCUUAUCAGUCGGUGCCUGGUUGAAGUAGCUCAGCGAAGAAAUUAUGAUGGAAGUGUCUAUACCUGCAAGCUGCAUAACGUGGUUCGAGAUUUGACAAUUAAAAUAGCAAGAGAAGAAGAUUUCUGCAGCUUCGAUGCAAAUGGAAAACAUAUUGCUGAUGUCGGCUGCCGUCGACUUGGAGUCACCCAAGAGACGAAGUUAUCUGCCCUUCAAGGAAACUCAAAGCUCAGGGCAUUACUUCUAACCACAACCCAUUAUAUCGGUUUCAAUAGGAAUACAGAGUUGGCAACAAUCAAGUCUCUCAGGGUACUGGACCUCUCACAUGCUAGACUAGGCUAUGUUUUUGUGAAGGAUCUUUGGGACUGGAUCACUUCCCUUAAACGCCUAGCUUGUUUGAGCCUCAGAGAUGUUGCACAAUUGCUUGAAGUCCCAAACUCAAUCGGCAAAUUAUUGGGCCUCCAAGUGCUGAUUCUGGGAGAAUGUAAGGAUCUUAAAAAGCUUCCCACUUCAAUUGUAAAACUUCCAAGAUUAAUCAUCUUGGAUGUUGGUAAUUGCCCAAGUCUUCGGUGUUUACCACAAGGGUUCUCGAGACUUUCCAAUCUCCAGGAGCUGUAUGGAUUUAAGAUAGCUGGCACUGGCAAUGCUGCAGGUUCCCACCUUAGUGAGCUGUACGCUCUGACUGAACUUCGUGUCCUGCAUAUAGACUUAACUGAAGAUAGCACAAUCAAUGAUCAGGAAUUGGAGGUGUUAGCACAGCUAAAGAAACUAAAGCUUUUGUCCAUUAAUGCAGGUGAUUGCGAAGAUGAGGACAUAUUAAGCAAGUUGAAUAAAUUGUCACCCCCUUCUUCCAUCGAGGAAUUGUAUCUGAAGCAUUAUCUUGGAGAAACUACGCCAGCAUGGAUUAAUCCUAGGUCACUUCAACAACUGCAGUAUCUUUCUGUGGAGAACUCAGGGAUAGAAAAGAUGAACCAAGAAUUUUGGGGAGAUGAAGGAUAUAAAUGGGAUGUCAAAGGGUUGUGUUUUAAGUUCUGCCAAAGACUUCAGGUGCCAUGGGAAGAGCUGCCAGCGACGAUGCCUGAGCUCAGAUGCCUGGAGGUUAGCCAGUGUAAUUUUCUGGUUUCAUUUCCUUGUGAUGUUGAGUCUGGGGGGACAAUAAGAUUGAAAGCAGCCAGAUGACAUGGUCCGAUCUUGGGAAAGCAUUAUCAAAGUUUUAAGUGGUCUGUAUCCCGGUUCUUGGACAAUAU